AUAUACAGCUGGAGCCGGCCCAGACGGCCAGACAGAUGCCGCCCGUGAAGGAGGAAGAGCAAAAGUCGUUUGCGGUCGACUUUGAUGACAAGGAUGAAGCGCCUGCUGCGGGGCCUUUAGCACCGCUAAGCCGCUGUCGUUCGGCGACGCCACCACCGCUGGCCAGCAGCCAAAGCAGAUGCCCGAUCCUGAUGAUGCCGAUCGCCAGUCGUGCGGGUGUCAGCAAUAUCUGUGCCUCGCCUUUGCGCAACAACUGCCUGCCUCACCAAGAUGGAGCAGAAUAACACCAACAUUCACCGAGAUGGACACCCAGCUGAAGGCGGAAAUAUUGCCGGACAGUCCGGAGCAGAAGGCUCUGUUCAAGGAGAGGAAGCGAGUUGAGCUUCAGUUGCAGAAUCUGGACAGAAAGACCUUGAAGAACGAGAACGAGGAAAAUCGUCAGCAAUAUCUGUGCCUCACCUUUGCGCAACAUCAGCCUGCCUCACCAAGAUGGAGUAGAAUAACACCAACACUCAAAUGCUUCACUUAGCCUUGGGUCUCCACCAAGCGCCGCGGCGCUGUCGUAACUGCUUGCGGAGGACCCAUUCAUGAUCCGAUCCGGGCAAUCAGUCGUCGGGCGUUCAAAACGCCUUUAUUCUUCAUUCUUGAUCCUGUUUCUCAACCAUUUUAGUGGAUCCUUGCGCCCUUCCAUCACGUAGGGAUUCUGCAUGAGUACUUUUGCUGCGAGUCCAGUCACUAUCGCAGUCACGGAAAACCACCACAUGAUCUGCUGCUUUAAGCCUCAUUCCUUUCUCUCCUUUGAGCUGUUCUCGUAUUUCGUGGCG